AUGAUUGUGUUCGGCAUUCCAGAAGCGAACAAUGAUACAGCUGCAGAUUUGGAACAGAAAGUGAUAAGAGAUAUAUUCUUCGGACAACUUGGUGUAACUGUAACGUCUGUGGAAAAAAUCCAUCGUUUGGGCCCGAAACGACACGAUAAAAACACACCCGUCAUCCUCAUGGCGUAUAAUUAUAACGAAAAGCAGCUGGUGUUCAAGAACAGCAGGAAACUGAAAAAUACCCUCGUGAGCGUGUCCGAUGACUAUUCAAAGGGGACAGUGGAAAAGCGACGGCAAAUUUGGAACUCGGCACGACAAGAGAAACAGAACGGAGAUAAAGUGCGACUUGUGUAUGACAAGCUUUUCGUAAAUGACGUAGCCUACGUCUGGGAUUCUGUAACGAACACGCGAAUUCAACAGAAUGCGCACAUCAUGCCAAUGGCCUCUCAACAAAAUUGA